AUGUACCUGUCGACCUCCGAGCAUGUAUGUCGGCCUUGGAUCAAACGACCACAGUGUUCAUCGACCUCCUUCUCAACCCGCAGGUGUUCAUCGUCCCCGCAGCAAGUCCCAUCGGAGACCCCAGGGCCGGCUCGUCCUCGACAUCACUCCCUUGAGCGGAGAUCCUCAGCGUCCGCACCCCAAGGAGAGGAACAAGUGAUCAGUAUAAGGAGUUUGCCGUUGAGGAGAGUGAGAAUGAAUUCCCCGACGGCCGACGACCCCCUCGCGGGAGUCCGUAUCAAGGAGGAGCCCAACGACCACGUCACCGAGGAGACGUGUCUGGAAAUCAAGGAAGAACCCUUUGAUUACGAGGUCGGGGACGCCCUGAGCGACGCGAGGGUGAAGCGCGAGGGCCGUUUCCUCCGCGACCUUCAGGAGGCGAGGCAGGAGGCGAGGGGAAGGCGUGGCUCGGGUCGGGAGGGCGGCGACGCGAAGGGAAGGCGUGGCUCGGGUCGGGAGGGCGGCGACGCGAAGGGGUUGCCUUUCGUGGAGAAGGAGAAGGCUUACCGUUGCGAGAUUUGCCACAAGACGUUCUCGGUGAAGAGCCAUCUGGUGAGGCACAUGAGAGUCCAUACGAAGGAGAAGCCGUACGGCUGUGAGAUCUGCGGCAAGGCUUUCACGGAGAAGUGUACGCUUAUACGGCACAUGAGGGUACAUACAAAGGAGAAACCCUACAGCUGUGAGAUAUGCAAGAAGGCUUUCUCCGAGAAUACGCUUGUAAGGCACAUGCGAGUGCAUACAAAGGAGAAGCCGUACAGCUGUGAGAUAUGCAGCAAGGCCUUCUCGCAUAAAACUAGUAUAGUGAGCCAUAUGAGAGUGCAUACAAAGGAGAAGCCAUACAGCUGUGAGAUUUGCAGCAAGGCGUUUUCACAGAAACAGAUCAUGGUGAGGCACAUGAGAAUACACACAAAAGAGAAGCCUUAUAUGAAAUGAUACCUUAUAUAACCACUAAUGCCUCUCAUGCGAGUACAUACAAAAGAGUAUCCAAACUGCUGUGAGACUUGCAAUAACCUCUGGUCUAUAUAUUGUACAUAAAGGGCACAAGCUAACUAUAAGGUCUAAAUAUAUAUAUAUAUGCUUUCACUUAGAGAAGACAUCCUAUGGGAAACGCGAAUCUACAUUAAACAGCAUGACAUUUCGUCCAAAAGGAACACACUGCUUGACGUUUUAAUGGGAGAAAAUUUUGGCCUAAAUUUAGGAGGAUAUCUAUUCCCGAUUUUUGUUGCAUACGGGAUUCUUAAUGUGUAGUUCUUGUCAUAAAAAAAAAAAAAAUGUCUGCAUUUUGACUUGUAUUUAAUUCUUCACAGAAAGCUACUACUGCUCAUAGCAUUCGAGGAAGCUGCUCAUCCACUUUUGUGUGUGUAUAUAUAUAAAAUAUAUAUACAUAUAUACAUACAUAUAUAAGUAUGUAUUAUGUACAUUUAUAUGCAAAUCUGUAUAUACAUAGAUGUAUGUAUA